AGAGGACAAGCUGCAGCAUUUCAAAGAGGAGGCGUCCUCUAACAAAGCACAUCGCGAAGUAUGUGCGGGUGAAAAACAUCUCUGUCCGCAGCUCGGGCUUCAUGAAUGGCUGCAGUGUGGCGAGAUCUGCCCGCUCUGAGGCCGCAGUGGACGGAGAGGGAGGGAGGUGAGAGUUCAGCAUGGCUUGGCCAUAUCAGGUGACCAUGUGGAGGAGUUGUAGGAGCUGCUGCAGCUCAGACUUCACCAACUCCGGAGAAUGACAAACCAGGGAGCCGCAUACGGCGAAGAAGAAGGCGAGGAUGAAGCCCUGGCGUUCGGAUAUUACGACGAAGAUGAUUUCGACGCGUUCACGGACGCGGACGGAGACUGUGACUGCGAGCAGGGAGUUCUGGGCUUCAGAGACCCUUUUAGCAGCGAGGUGAAGCCUCGGAUCUUGCUAAUGGGUUUACGGCGCAGCGGCAAAUCCUCCAUCCAGAAAGUGGUUUUCCACAAGAUGUCCCCCAACGAGACACUUUUCCUGGAGAGCACCAAUAAGAUCUGCAGAGAGGACGUCUCCAACAGCUCCUUCGUCAGCUUCCAAAUCUGGGACUUUCCCGGCCAGAUUGACUUCUUCGACCCCACUUUCGAUUAUGAGAUGAUAUUCAGGGGGACGGGAGCGCUCAUCUUCGUUAUUGACUCGCAGGAUGACUAUGUGGAAGCACUGAGCAGGCUUCACCUCACCGUGACUCGAGCCUACAAAGUCAACCCAGACAUCAACUUCGAGGUGUUUAUCCAUAAAGUGGACGGCCUGUCUGAUGACCACAAGAUUGAGAAACAGAGGGACAUCCACAAACGGGCCAAUGAUGACCUGGCAGACGCUGGCCUAGAGAGGAUACAUUUAAGUUUCUACCUGACGAGCAUCUACGAUCACUCCAUCUUUGAAGCCUUCAGUAAAGUGGUGCAGAAGCUCAUUCCACAGCUGCCAACCCUGGAGAAUCUACUCAACAUUUUUAUAUCUAAUUCAGGGAUCGAAAAGGCUUUUCUGUUCGACGUGGUCAGCAAGAUUUACAUCGCCACUGACAGCAGUCCAGUAGACAUGCAGACGUAUGAGCUGUGCUGCGACAUGAUUGAUGUGGUCAUUGACAUCUCCUGUAUCUACGGUUUGAGUGGCGAUGAGGCCGGGUCUCCCUAUGAUAAAGAGUCCAUGGCCAUCAUCCACUUGAACAACACGACGGUGAUGUACCUGAAAGAGGUCACGAAAUUUCUGGCCCUCGUCUGUUUCCUCAGGGAGGAGAGCUUUGAGAGGAAAGGACUUAUUGACUACAACUUCCACUGUUUCAAGAAGGCCAUCGAGGAGGUGUUUGAUGUGCGUUUGAAAGUGCAGAGAAGCCGCAAGCUUCUGAGCCAGAGGAGGUGGAGCAAACAGGCCGUGCCAAACGGGACUCACUCUCAGCACCACUGAAGACCUGCAAACACCAUCAGCAUCAUCACUAGGGGUGUAACAAUACAUUGUGGCACAAUACAUUGCAGUGCAAGAUUGUAAUAGUUGUGAAGAUGGGUUACAUCAGCUGCUUGUGUAUUAAAUUAUGUCACUGAGUAAUCAUAAUCAGGAUCAUAUUCAGAUUUCUGCGGUUAUCUGAUUAUUCAAAUGGUCGUGUAAACAGUACACUCUGGUUGCUUAGAUCAGAGUAAGGGCUAGAAAUCCGAUGAAAGAAACCUGAUAAAGAGAGCUGGAUUUUAGCUCAGUAAUCAGAUUUCUCAGCGCAUAUAAACUCUUACUCUGAUUUCUUUCGGAUGUCUCAGUCUGCGCAUGUGCGAAAACAGACAAAAUCACUUUUGGAGCAACGCUGAAAUCAACUACACGCUUGAUGAAAUGAAGGAUUUAAAUAUUCUUCAUUUUCUAGAUGUACGUUCAUAUUUUCAGCUAAAGUGGCACAAUGUUGUAAAAAAAAAAAAUAAAAUAAAAGCCGCAGUAUGAAGUUUACAUUACGUCACAUCCACCUUUGUUAGUUUAUUGGCUGCUUGUAAAGCAGAAAUCUGAUCACUGCCUGACUCAUGUAGACCUGGAGUUUUCUCAUUAUCUGAUUACUCAAGUGCAUGUAAACACACUCAGUGUUUGAACGCCAGAGGUCGCAUUCAACUCAGACCUUCCGACCACAGAGGCAAACGAACAGUUUGAUAUUUAGUGUAUGCUAUAGUAGCCACCUAAUUUUGGCUACGUUCACAUUACCGGGCUGAAGUGGCACAAAUCCGAUUUUUUGCCCUACUGUGACUCAGAUCUGAUAUUUCACAAAUCUGAUCUUUUCAAAUCUGACCUGAGCCACUUUCGUAUGUGAUCCCAGAUCUGAUACAUGUUGGAAUUAUUGGCCUUGCGACCUCAAUGAGAGCGUUUUCAGAUGGUAAUUCAUGGUUUUUUUUUUCUCACUGGGGUGAACCAUCAGUCAGCGUUACCGUGGCAGCAGCGCCUAACCCGAAGUUAGAGCCAGCAAACGGUGGAAGAGCAACAUGCGUCAUGUUUUCGCCUUCAUCUUGCCCUAAUAAUGAGCAGCCGAGAUUAUAUUGACAGCGAAGGAUCGUUCUGCUCGUUACUUUGUUUGCUGGUGAUGCACGUGAUGCACGUGAUUCAUUCACGUGACGUUAUUGAUUAUGAUGUGCACAUGUGGAUCAUUUUAGGACGCCGGUUCGUUCACAGUAUUGACAGAUUAGAGUCACUUACAAAAACUAAUUGUGAAAGAUCAUGUUAGAGAGAUCAGAUCUGAGCAAAAAAUCGGAUUUGAGGAAUGAGGCUUAUAAUGUGAACGUAGCCUACGGUUUCACUCUGAUGGGCUCUCCGCACUUCUGUUACACUCUGAUUGGCUCUCUGCACUUCUGCUAAUCUCUGAUUGGCUUGCCACACUUCAGUUACACUGUAAUUGGCUCUACACACUACAGUUACACUCUGAUUGGCUAUCCACAUUUCAGUUACACUGUAAUUGACUCUCCGCACUUCAGUUACACUCUCAUUGGUUCUUCACACUGCAGUUACACUCCGAUUGGCUAUCUACACUACAGUUACACUCUGAUUGGCUCUCCGUACACUUCUGCUAAUCUCUGAUUGGCUUGCCACACUUCAGUUACACUGUAAUUGGCUCUACACACUACAGUUACACUCUGAUUGGCUCUCCACACUGCAGUUACACUCUGAUUGGCUAUCUGCACUUCUGUUACACUCCGGCUCUCUGCGCUUUAAUUAAACUCUGAUUGGCUCCCCGGACUUCAGCUACACUCUGUUUGGCUUGCUGCACUUCAGUAACACUCUGAUUGGAUCACUCACUUCAGUUCCACUCUUUGUCACGGUGGAAUAGCAUUAUUUAUUUCAGUCUACUUUGGAAAAAAUCACACUGGACUGGACUCCAACAAAAUGCUC